AGAAAUCAUAAGCAAAUAAAUUGAAAACACACUAACUUUUGAAGUAUUUAUUUAAUGACAGUGAAUUAAUUUUAGCAUAAAGAGGAAAAAAUAGACUAAAGUAUGGUGGAAAAUUCUGUUCAGUCAGCGGAAACAGAAGGAACCUUCAAUCCUAAAGUGAGAUGGGCGAUCCCGCAUAGAUUAGAUUUUCUAACAUUUAUUGGAAAAGACGUUUUGGCCGUGGGACACGAUGUGUACAUCAUAUUCUUUAAUUUCAAGCACAAUACUGAAUUAGUUUACGUUGCUAACAAUGAAAAGGCGGGUGAUGGUGUGGACGUUAUUGCCGGUCACAAAACAAAUAUCUUUGCAUUCGCUGAAAAAGUGAAAAAUCCUCGGAUUUUCAUCGUCACAUAUCCGUCGUUCAGCAUUUUAGCAGAGCUCAGAGACAGUGACGUGAACAGAUACAAGGGUAUUUGCAUGAUGGAAUCUGACCUUGUAGCAGGGUUUAGCGGUUUUCCUAACUACGUCGUCUCGGUGUGGAGUUGGCGAACAAAUCAAAGACUCUUGUGCAUACCAACGGGAGUCGUGCGAAGAAAGCAGAUUUACAUAGCGAGUCGAACACAUAUGCUCCUCUGCGAAUGCUGGGGAGAAGGCUUGAUAGUCUGGGAGGUUGCGCAGUGCUACAAGCGGUGCCUGAUGAUGCGACGCGCCAAGGAGGAGAAAACGGGGUGGGAGGUGUCGGAGCCGCCCUACGUGGACGUCUGCUGGACGAGCGACGGCCAGCUGUAUGCCAUCGAUCCGACCGCUAAAUUGUACAUUCUCCUGUCUGAUGGCAUCGGGAUGGUGUCUAGCUUGGAGUGGGCUGAAGACAUAGAGGGCACUCAGAAGCCUUGCAUGUGCUCCUUUGGAAACGGGAUUCUGAUCUACGGACCUGAUAAAUGUCUAAGGUCACUGAAAAAAUCUGAAAGCGCGUGGAAAGUGGUGUUCAUGCAUACGCCAGCAGACGACGUGGUGAGCCUCGUGUCCAACAGCACCGGUGACGUCGCAGCUGUGUGGACUGCCAAUGGGCUCCUGUACAAGGUCACAGGGGAUGAGGACAAGCCUGACAUGAAGCUGGUGGCGUUCAAGCAACGAGACAUUUCUAAAAUACAAUUGAUCGCCCCCGACAGUAGGUACUUGGCUACGAUGAACAUAAAAGGAGUCCUUUGUGUGUAUGAAGUUGAAACCGCAAAAUUGGUAGCUCUGAAGUACAUAGAAGGAAACGAUAUUUCUUUCGAAGCAAGCCCCGCUGAACCAGUCCUAGCGAUUUACGGAGAAGAAGAAGAUAACUACGGAUUAGCCUUAUUCGGCUUCAAGCCUGAUGGUCUUCAGAAACUGGUCAGCGUGUGCCUGACCCACCAGAUAGUCUCGCACGUGGUGUUCUCGCCAACCGGCAGGGAACUGAUAGCGGCUGCCAUGUCUGCUGGACAUGUGUUUAUUUAUAAGGUGUCGGAAGACCACAAGCUGUCUCUGGUGCGAUACGUGGAGCUCGGCCGCGGGCUGGCUGACUGCAUGCUGAUGAAAGUUGGAGAUGCGAUGCGAGCUUUCUGUCUCGUUCUGUUCUCUGAUAAAUAUUCUAUUGGUGAACGAAUCAUCUGUAUUAAUGCUGAUACGGGGAAAGACAACAAGUUUGCGGGAAAGAUGCAAGGUCCGUAUGCGAGGCUCAUACCGCUCAGCGACAGCGACACAAUGGUCGCCAUACCGCAUCUUAGCAAGGAGUACCACGUCCUGAAACUAGCCGGAGAGAAAGGUGUAACUGUAUCCGUAAAGAUGGGACCCAUAAUAGACUCCGGUCAUGACAUCAAGUAUUUCGACGGGACUUAUGCUAACGGAUGUUUUUUGAGCUUCGGUUAUGAUGGUCUUGUCGUUUUGAGGAAAGGUCCGGCUCUGGAACAAUACGAUCUGAAACUGGUAGCUUCACACCGUUACGAACUGGGAAUCAAACAAGCGAUUAUCGAUGCAGACAACAAGUUCGUAGUGCAUAUCGGCAGAAACAACACGUUGUGCUGCACGUGCUUGCGCGAGGAGCACGCGGGGGAGCUGCCCCUCGAGCCCCCGGACAUCAGCAUGUUCGACGCCACCAAAACCAUCAGCAUUUUGGAUGGGAACACGAAAAACUAUUUGGACCUUCAAGAAGAAAAGAAAGUGCGCGAGGAAGCCAUGGACCACAAGCAUCAGCGCGAAGAGCUCGUCAAGUCAUUCGAGAAUGUGAGAGCAAAGCUGGUGGAACUUUUAGAGGAAAAUCUUGUCGCGCCAGAACUGCAUCAACUUUCAUUGGCUGAAUUCAAUCUUCAUCUUGAGAAUAAGAAGGAAAGGGUCAAACAGGCAGAGAAAGAACGCGAGCUGAUCCGCCUGGAGACGGAGGCCCGCAUCGUGGCCCAAGACAAAGUGACCGCUUGGAUCAAGAAACAUUGCUGGGACACCAUGCUCUCUCCGAGGGUCAAGAUCUUCGCAAUAUUUAGUCACUAUCAGGUAGAAAAUUUUGCGGUACUGCCUACUCAACGGGAUAAUUGGCCUGAACUACAGAGACUGGAGGCGUUGUAUACCAUAGAGGCGGAAAACGAGUCCGAUGUGUUCCGGCCCUGGGUCGAAGAGAUGCCGGAACAAAACUCUAAAAGCUUAGCUGAAGUCCGGCCCAGCACGUCGGGGUCGGCCUCGCAGCUGGCGGAGAGUGAGUCUGGUCGUUCGGAGGAGGAGGUCCCGCGGUGCGCGUGGUGGCGCGGCGCCAGCACGGCGCUGUACGUGCGAGUCCCGCGCGCCCACACGCCGCAGAUACUCGCAUAUUCCUUUUUGCAAAUGGACGGCCUGCAUCAUACCACCAAGUUGAACGUCCAGAACAUGCGGCUCUGGUUCAAUAAUCAGUUCGACGACCUCAUGAAUCUCAAGAAGAGAGAGAUGGCUCUCGUUGAGGACCGAAACUUGAAGCUCCGAUUUAUCAUCGAAGAAUUGAAUAAGCUGUCAGAUCUUAGAGGCAGUUUUCAUCAUCUGAACAUUGAAAUUAGAGAUCCGGUAUGGCGUCAAGAGGAACAACCCGAAAAACUUAUUAAAGUCGAACCUGAAGAAUGCAGCAUUGAACCCUACAUCAGCCCCAGUCAAAUUGUCAUCGUGCCCCCCGAUCCUGGCCCUAAAGACGACUUCAAAGAUCGAGCCCUAAUGGAGAUGAUGGACGGUGUGCUGGAAAAACUCUGGCAUGAGGAAAUCAAAAAACCCAUUCCAAUGCCACAGUGCAUGUUGGAAAAAGACCCGGAGCAUUUCAACGAGGACGAUUUGCGGCUGAUGUUCGACUACGAAGCCAAAGUGAAGUUCCGUAACGAAGAAAGAGACAAGUACCGCAAGAUGCUGCACGCCGAGUAUGCGAAGAUUGCACAGCUCCUGAACGAAGGGGUCGUCAAGUUUAACCAGAAGGUGAAGGAGAUGUGGCUGACGAAAUUAAAAGCGGAUUCUGUGAUAGGUCAAGAAAACCUCAAUUUGAUGCGUCUGCGUCGAACUAAUCUGGAUCGUGUUGAAAUGGCCGAGAAACUUGAAGAUAUGCGGGCACAAAUAUCUCGCUAUGAAGAUGAAGUGGAAACCCUCAACCAGGAGUUGCAGUCCAUGCAGGAUCAGAUCACGGACUGUCAGAAUACGUACGACAGUUUGGUCGUCAAGGACAAAUACUUGGAUCGGACCUUCAAGAAUCACUUUGCUGAUCUUUCUCCAAUUAUUGUGGACCAGUGCUAUAAAUUUUUCAAGAAGCGUCCGAAGUGGCAGCAGCGCGCGGCGGCGAGCGCGGGCGUGCUGUACGAGCUGGCAGCGGCCGUGCUGCUCGCGGUGAGGCCGCCGCUCCUGCCGCCCGACUGUCUCGACUACUACAAGGGGGUGGAACAACUAGACCACAGCACCAACAUGCCCCCGGUGAUGGACGAGGCCUUGUGGGCCCUCAUGUGCAAGCUGCGUCGAGCCAAAAUCGAAAAUGAAAUCCGGAUGCGUGCAGUGUGCCAGGAGUUGUCGCUGGCGGAGGGCGCGGCGGGGGCGUGGGGCCGCGGGUUGGCGGCGCGGCGCUCGCUGCUGGCGCACACGCACCAGCGCGUGCUGCAGCACAGGAGGGACGUCGAGCUGCUCUCCAGGAACAAAACUGUACAGCUGGUACUCCCAGCGGGACAGGUUGAGAUCUUCACAACAGGGCACAUGGAAGAUUACAAUGACGCUACUCUCAUCCGAAGAGAAGAUAUAGAGAAAAUCAACAACGUUAUAUUGAAAGUAGGAGAACUAAAACUUCGAAUGAUGAAGAAGCAGAUGGAUUUCCGCAAAGGGAUCCUCAGCAAGGAGUGGGAGCACGCGCAAAUGAAGAUGAAACUGCGUCACAUGGAACAGGAGCUCAGCUCGUACUUACGACUGAAGAUCCCAAAAGAACUCCAGCAGUAUUUGAAAAACAAGGAACUGGGUUAUACCGACGAGCAAGACUACAUGCGGAUGGAGAAGGAGAUGGCUGCCUCCAAGAUGUCCAUCAACAGGAUACUCAAUGAGCAGAUACAUAGAGUGGAGGAGCUCGAGGUGAAGUUAGCGUCAGUUGAAACUGAAGCCAAUCGUCUCGAGCAGGUGAUAGCCGAUCUCAAUGUAAAAGUAUCCGAGAAAAGAAUUCACCAAGAUCCUCUCGAGCCUAUACGUAUAAGAAAAGUUUUUAAGGAAAGGAUGGAGACCUUGGUGAUGCGCGGACGGCUGAUCCGGGAGGUCCAGGCCAAUCACACAACCAUAGUACUGCUACAGACGGAACUGGAACUGCUACGUUUGAAGACGUAUCCAACUUUAGCUAGUUUUCGUACUUUUAAUUAAGCUAUUGGUAAAAGUCUUAAUAAACUAUUGGUAAAUAGUA